UCUAUACUGAAUCUGGUUGAAAGAGACAAGGAUUUUUCCCACCAGCGACGGCAUUACAAAGAAUUUCGAUUUGACUUGACUCAGAUCCCACAUGGAGAGUCAGUGACAGCAGCUGAAUUUCGGAUUUACAAGGAUCGAAGUUACAGUCGAUUUGAGAAUGAAACCAUUAAGAUUAGCAUUUACCAGAUCAUCAAGGAAUACCCAAACAGGGAUGCAGACCUGUUUCUCUUAGACACCAGGCGGGUACAAGCAUUUGAUGUCGGCUGGCUUGUUUUUGACAUCACAGUGACCAGCAAUCACUGGGUGAUUAAUCCGCAGAAUAAUUUAGGAUUGCAGCUGUGUGCAGAGAUGACAGAUGGUCGCAGUAUCAGUGUGAAAUCAGCCGGCCUUAUAGGAAGGCACGGCCCUCAGUCAAAACAGCCAUUCAUGGUUGCAUUCUUCAAAGCAAGCGAAGUGCUUUUUCGAUCUGUUCGAGCUGCUAAUACUAAAAAGAAAAACCAGAAUCGCAACAAAUCCAGCAGUCCUCAAGAUUCUUCAAGAAUGCCAAAUGUUGGGGAUUAUAAUACAAGUGAGCAGAAACAAGCCUGUAAAAAACAUGAACUCUAUGUGAGCUUCCGGGACCUGGGAUGGCAGGAUUGGAUUAUAGCUCCAGAAGGUUAUGCUGCAUUUUACUGUGAUGGAGAAUGUGCAUUUCCUCUUAAUGCCCAUAUGAAUGCUACAAAUCAUGCCAUAGUCCAGACUUUGGUCCAUUUGAUGUUCCCUGAUCAUGUCCCUAAGCCUUGCUGCGCCCCAACUAAACUGAAUGCAAUCUCUGUGCUCUACUUUGAUGACAGUUCAAAUGUUAUAUUGAAAAAGUACCGGAAUAUGGUGGUGCGCUCAUGUGGUUGCCACUAG